GUACCGCUCCGGGGGGGCCAUCUUUUCAACUCUUGGCCCUGGGAACCGACGCUCCGUCUGCGUCAGCCAACGCCUCCGGCCUCGCGAUCCCCUCAUUUGCUGCCCCGACUGUGCGACGGAGUCGAUCGGGCUUCUUUUCUGGUCUUGUUCCAGCGUCAAUUGCUUUGGGCGCAUCCUGCAUCGUUCGUUGUCUGCGCUAGUCCGGGUCCUGUCCCCGUUGUGACCAACGACAGCCACAACACCACGGCGGAGCUCUCCUCACACUUCAUCCCUCCUUUCUCUCCGUCGCCAUGCAGUCCUCCAGCGUCGCCCGGGGCGCCCUCCGGGCCUCGUGCCGGUCGUCGUUGUUGCGGCUUCCCGCCUAUCGCGCCGCGCGCUUCAUGAGCAUCAAGGCCGAGGCCGCCUCCGCCGCCAAGCACCAGCCCCUCGACGCCUCUAAGCUCAGCAUCACCAAGACGAAGAGCCCCAAGGCGCUGAGCAAGCCCAAAGAUCUUGUCUUUGGGCGCGAGUUUACCGACCACAUGCUCGCCAUCGAGUGGAACCAAGAUGAGGGCUGGCUCGAGCCCAAGAUAACGCCGUACCAGAACCUCUCGCUGGACCCGGCGACGUGCGUCUUCCACUACGCCUUUGAGUGCUUUGAGGGCAUGAAGGCGUACAAGGACAAGAACGGCAAGGUCCGCCUCUUCCGGCCCGACAAGAACAUGGCGCGCCUCAACAAGUCGGCCGCGCGCAUCGCCCUGCCCACGUUUGAGCCGACGAGCUUCAUCCAGCUCAUCAGCAAGCUCGCGCAGCUCGACGCGCGCUUCAUCCCCGACCAGCGCGGCUACUCGCUCUACCUGCGGCCCACCAUGAUUGGCACGCAGAAGACGCUCGGCGUCGGCCCUCCCGGCUCCGCGCUGCUCUACGUCAUCGCCUCGCCCGUCGGCCCUUACUACCCGACGGGCUUCAAGGCCGUCUCCCUCGAGGCCACCGACUACGCCGUGCGCGCCUGGCCCGGCGGCGUCGGCGACAAGAAGCUCGGCGCCAACUACGCGCCCUGCAUCGUGCCCCAGCUGCAGGCCGCCAGCCGCGGCUACCAGCAGAACCUGUGGCUCUUUGGCGAGGAGGAGUACGUGACCGAGGUCGGCACCAUGAACAUGUUUGUCGCCAUCAAGGACAAGGAGACGGGCCAGAAGGAGCUCGUCACGGCGCCCCUCGACGGCACCAUCCUCGAGGGCGUCACCCGCGACUCGGUCCUCGCCCUGGCACGCGAGCGCCUCGUCCCCGAGGGCUGGAAGGUCUCGGAGCGCAAGUACACCAUGAAGGAGAUUUACGAUGCGUCCAAGGACGGUCGCCUGAUCGAGGCCUUUGGCGCCGGCACCGCCGCCAUCGUCAGCCCCGUGCGCACCAUUGCCUGGAAGGGCGAGCACGUCAACUGUGGCCUCAAGGAGGACGAGGAGUCGGGCGAGAUUGCGCUCAAGGUCAAGGAGUGGAUGGAGGCGAUCCAGUACGGCGACGAGGAGCACGAGUGGAGCUACAAGGUGGAGUGAGGGGACAAGGAUACAUAGAAUAGAGCGUCAUUGCGUAAACAAGCCUAGACUCGUAUGCUACAUUUUUUGAG